CAAGACCAAAUAAAUAUUCGCAUUUUUGCCUUAAUAUCCAGCUUUGGAACUCAACAACAUGAGUUACAAAGCUUUUUUAAUGGAAGUAAAAACAAAUUUGCAAUUACAACAGAUGCAUGGACUUCAUGCACUAACCUCGGAUUUCUUGCUAUAACACUUCAUUGGAUUAAUGAACAUUGGGCUAUGAAACAUAUUCUAUUGGACAUGAUUUCACUUCAUGAGCAGCACACUGGUAGUUAUAUUAGUAAAAAAGUUUUAGAAAUGAUUUCAUUUUAUGGUAUAGGCUCUCGUAUUAUCUCUGUAACUACUGAUAAUGCACCCAAUAUGGAUGUAUUUGGAUAG